AUGAUGUGGAACAUUCUUCCACUAUUGAGCGUACUGGGCUCUGUGCCUUUUGCUUCUGCAAUUCCAAAUGGAAUUGUAAUUGCUCGCCAAACUUCGGCCUCGUCGGCCUCUGUCUCCGCUCCGCCGGUUCGAAGCCAUCCCUCUUCUGAGCCGCACACUCCUUUUAGUGGAACACCGUCCACUACGGGCGCAUUGACGGCUUCCUCAAUUGGAUCUGGCAUCUCCAGCGGUGGUAUCGAACCGGGAGCUACUACCUAUCCCAGUGAUGGAAAGCUUCAAAAUGCCGAACCAGCCCCAUUUGUUCCCGCAGGAGGAGUUGGCACCAAUGGAUCGACUCCCGUCUAUAAUGCCCAGAGUGACUUUGACUAUGAAUCUUUGGCCCUUGCUUUGUAUCAGGAAUGGCUUGAGCUCGACCUGUUCCAGGACGGAUUGAAGCGCUUCUCGGAGGCAGACUUCAAAGCCGCUGGCUUGAACGCUGCAGAUCGGGACCUGAUUGCAUUUAUGGCCCAGCAGGAGGUUGGCCACGCAACAAUGAUCAGCAAUAUUCUCGGUGCGGAAGCACCACAGCAGUGCGCAUACGACUAUCCAUACACAAACGUAAACGAGUUCCUUGACUUCUGCCAGAAGCUGACUCGGUUUGGCGAGGCUGGUGUCUAUGGGUUCCUGGCACACCUUGAUUCUCGCGAGGCAGCCACUCUCCUGACACAGUCCGUCACGACCGAAGCCCGACAGCAGAUGAUCUUCCGUCAAUUCCAAGGUCUCUUCCCCAUGCCCGUGUGGUUCGAAGUUGGAAUCCCGCAGUCCUGGGCCUGGACUCUUCUGGCGCCAUAUAUCAGCUCCUGCCCUAGCAACCAGACUCGUCUUGUAUGGCAAAACUUCCCAGCUCUGAGAAUCCUCAACCAGCCUAGCAUUGCUACAGCUGGUAAAACCGGCGGUAACAGCACUGGCCUCAACAACACUAUUAGCUCCGGUACCAAUGUCGUCAAGUCGCCAAAUGGCUCCUCAGGCUCCAACUCCAGCAGCGAUUGUGGCGCCAAUGUGACAAGUGACAUUGGGGCACUCUCGUUCCCUGGCCGCCAGGUGGCUUUGCAAUGGGAGACUGCAGGCAAAGAAGUCGGUCCCAACAAUAGCUACGUUACUUCCACCCAGGCAAAGACUGCGAAGUUUGUUGUCUGGGUCUCGCAGCUGAACGUGACCUACACACCCCUGCGUGUCGCCAAUAUUACUAGAAACAGCACUGGCAAUAGUACUGGCCUUGGCUACACAAGUCAGCCUAGUCUAGAGACUUACCAGGGCGACCCAGCCGUCAAUGGCACCAUGUUCAUCGCUAUUACCGAUGAUAACCCUGUCCUAACUCCUUUCAACCUGAGCUUGAUCAACCCGCACGUCGUUGCUGGUCCCGCCAUCUACCAGGCUGGCUAA